AUGUCUUCUCAAGAAGGUGACCUUCCCCCUCUCAGCGAUUACCCAGAUGCAACUAAAGUGGAUGAAUUAUGUGGUGAUCAAAGUGGUAAUUCAGCAUUUAAAUGUAAUUCAAUAAAUGAUGCAAUUUCUUAUUUUGAAACAAUUAAAAAUAUUCUGCGUGAUAUGGAUAGGCUAAAGGUACAUUAUUGUUCAGAUGGUGACCUUACUGUUUUAAUUUUAAUAUUUCUUUUUUUCCCAUCCACCACGGCAAUGUUUUCUCCCGGGGAUAGUUUCAAUUUCUAUGAUGACCCAACUCUUGGUAUUAACCUCCAACCUCUCACAACGACGUAUGUUGAAGUGGAAGAUAUAGAGAAUGAUAUCAAGAGAGUAUCAAGUAUGUUCUAUGAGGACACUGUUCUUCUUAGUUAUAAAUUACCCGAGCAUUUAAAGAAAUCACGUAAUUUCUUACAGCCAUACCUUGAUAUUAAACAUUCAAAAUUAAACUAUACACAACUAACAAACUCUAUUGACUUUGCAAAAGUCUUUGUUAAAGAAGGUAUAGCUUGUUUUGGUGAUAAUGUUGGUAUCAAUAAUUUGUUAGAAGAUAUAUUGCGUGAUAUGGAUAGGUUAAAGUUAACAUUAUAA